GGUACUUUUAUGUGCUCUCCUUGAUCAUACAUACUAUCGUAACUCAGUAUUAGAUUUUAAAAUGUUUUAUUUAUUUUUUUACGAAUGGAAAUGUUGUUUUCUAAAGCAAACGGGCACAUAUUGUGCUCUAAAUGUGCCUCCCUCCCCGGCUGACAGCAAGUGUCCUCCUGAGGAGUGCCUGUUGAUGUAGAAAGGUACAUCCACUGCCACCAUUGCACGUCCAUGAUGCUCAACCAACCGGAAGUGGCAAAGAUUGAUUUCUCCUCGGCAGCCAAAGGAGACUAAAUAAAGAAGACGUCCCCGAAAAGAAGAAAACACGUCCAUUUUUCAAAAGGAUGUUUGAAAAUGUUCGCAUCUGUCAUGUCCGUCAAACCUGUGGUAGAAAACCCCAACUCUUCUCUCGGAUAUGGGAUGCUCCCUCCCCCAACUGAGCCUCUAUCGAAUCUCUAAAGGAGCAGGAUGACAAGAUGGCCCAGCUGCUGGUACCGCCCGGUCCUGACAGCUUCCGCCCCUUCACCCCAGAGUCACUGGCUGCCAUUGAGAGGCGCAUCGCUGAAGAGGAGGCCCGGCGACCACAGGCAGAGCGUUGCAGCGAUAGCGACGACGAAAACGGGCCCAGGCCCAACAGUGACUUGGAGGCAGGGAAGUCACUCCCCUUCAUCUAUGGGGACAUCCCUUCAGGUCUGGUGUCCACUCCACUGGAGGAUAUGGACACCUUCUACAGCAAUCAGAAGACUUUUAUAGUAUUGAAUCACGGGAAGGCAAUCUUUCGUUUCAACGCCACUCCUGCCUUGUACAUGUUGAGCCCCUUCAACCCUCUGAGGAGGAUUGCUAUUAAAGUUUUAGUACACUCUAUGUUCAGCAUGUUGAUCAUGUUCACCAUACUAACCAAUUGUGCUUUCAUGACCCUGAGUAACCCUCCGGAAUGGGCCAAGAAUGUAGAAUACACAUUCACAGGGAUUUACACCUUUGAGUCCCUCAUAAAGAUACUGGCCAGAGGAUUCUGUAUGGGGAAGUUCACAUUCCUGCGUGACCCUUGGAACUGGCUGGACUUUAGCGUCAUCCUCAUGGCGUAUAUAACAGAGUUUAUAAACCUCGGCAAUGUUUCCGCCUUGCGCACAUUCAGAGUGUUGAGAGCUUUGAAAACUAUCUCAGUGAUACCAGGUUUGAAGACCAUUGUGGGUGCAUUGAUCCAAUCAGUUAAAAAGCUGUCGGAUGUGAUGAUCCUGACAGUGUUCUGCCUCAGCGUCUUUGCUCUCAUCGGCCUCCAGCUCUUCAUGGGUAACCUGAGGCAGAAAUGUGUGCGUUUGCCGACCGCCAGCAACGCCACCAACAGCAGCGACACUGUUGGCGAUGACAUGCUACUUUUCAACGGCAACCUGUCAGCGGAAGUCAACAACACAUUCCUGAACAGCACAGGGAGCGACUUUAACUGGACCGAUUACAUCAGUAAUGACCGUAAUUACUAUUAUCUCCCUGGACGCAGGGAUGCCCUGCUCUGUGGAAAUGGCAGCGGGGCUGGGGUUUGUCCAGAAGGCUUUGUUUGUAUCAAAGCGGGUCCUAAUCCUGACUACGGAUACACAAGCUUUGACACCUUCAGCUGGGCUUUCCUGUCUCUAUUCCGACUCAUGACCCAGGACUACUGGGAAAAUCUCUACCAGCAGACCUUGCGUGCAGCAGGGAAGCCCUACAUGGUCUUCUUUGUACUGGUGAUCUUCCUGGGCUCCUUCUACCUUGUCAAUCUGAUCUUGGCCGUUGUGGCCAUGGCCUACGACGAGCAGAACCAAGCCACCAUAGAGGAGGCUCAGCAGAAAGAGGAGGAGUUCCAGGCCAUGCUGGAACAGCUAAAAAGGCAGCAAGAGGAAGCACAGGUUGCCGCGGCAGCAAGCAUGGAGAGCGGGGAGUACAGCGGGAGGGUGGGCCCUGGGGGCUCCACCUCUGAGUCGUCCUCUGUGACAUCCAAGCUCAGCUCGAAAAGUGCAAAAGAGCGACGCAACAGGCGAAAGAAAAGGAAGCAAAGGGAGGAAGAGGAGGAGGUGAGGGGGGCCUGCGACAAGUUCCGCAAGUCUCUUUCUGAGGACAGCAUCAAGAGAUCCUUCCGCUUCUCCAUUGAUGCCAACCGACUUUCCUAUGAGAAGAGAUGCUCGUCACCCAAUCAGUCUCUGCUCAGUAUACGUGGCUCGUUCUUCUCACCGCGGAGGAACAGCCAAGCCAGCCUAUUCAGCUUCCGUGGUCGAGCACGAGACAUGGGGUCCGAAAACAAUUUUGCGGACGACGAGCACAGCACCUUUGAAGAGAGCGACAGCCGGCGGGGGUCCCUGUUCUUGCCACGACGCGUCGAGCGCCGUUGUAGUGCCGUCAGCCAGACGAGCCUCAUGGUGCCUCGGGUCAUGCUUCCUGCCAACGGCAAGAUGCACUGUGCGGUGGACUGCAACGGUGUGGUGUCGCUGGUCGGCGUAACAUCUGUAACUACCUCCCCUGAUACAACUUCAGACACUGAGGUGAAGAAACGGCACUCGGUUGAUUAUUUAGAUGAACCAGGAGGCAGGCAAAGGGCAAUGAGUGUGGCCAGCAUCCUCACCAACACCAUGGAAGAGCUUGAAGAGUCGAGACAGAAAUGCCCUUCUUGCUGGUAUAGAUUUGCCAACACUUGUUUGAUCUGGAAUUGUUGCCCUGCCUGGCUGAAAAUCAAGAACAUUGUCAGCAUGGUGGUCAUGGAUCCUUUUGUGGAUCUGACUAUCACGAUCUGCAUCGUCCUCAACACCCUUUUCAUGGCCAUGGAACAUUACCCCAUGACGAAAGAAUUUGACAAUGUCCUUUCCGUGGGAAACCUGGUGUUCACUGGAAUUUUCACGGCAGAGAUGUGCCUCAAGGUCAUCGCCCUUGAUCCUUACUUUUACUUCCAGGAGGGCUGGAACAUUUUUGAUGGCAUUAUUGUGAGCUUGAGUCUGAUGGAGCUGGGCUUGGCCAACGUAGAGGGCCUGUCUGUGCUCAGAUCCUUCCGACUGCUGAGGGUGUUCAAACUGGCAAAGUCAUGGCCAACACUGAACAUGCUGAUCAAGAUCAUUGGUAACUCAGUCGGGGCUCUGGGGAACUUGACCCUGGUGCUCGCCAUUAUCGUUUUCAUCUUUGCCGUGGUGGGAAUGCAGCUUUUUGGAAAGAACUACAAGGAGUGUGUCUGUAAGAUCAAUGAUGAAUGUCAGCUACCCCGCUGGCACAUGCACGAUUUCUUCCAUUCCUUCCUCAUCGUUUUCCGGGUGCUUUGUGGGGAGUGGAUUGAGACGAUGUGGGACUGCAUGGAAGUAGCGGGACCCACAAUGUGUCUGAUUGUCUUCAUGAUGGUCAUGGUCAUCGGAAACUUGGUGGUUCUUAACCUGUUCUUAGCUCUGCUUCUGAGCUCAUUCAGUGCUGAUAACUUGGCUGCAACCGACGAUGACAGCGAGAUGAACAACUUGCAAGUGGCCGUGGGCCGGAUCCAGCGCGGCAUCGCCUUUGUCAAAUCUGCUGUGCGGCAGUUCCUCCAGAGCCUGUGUUUUGGCGGGGGCGGCAAGGGUUCCAACAUCCCUGAUGAGAGCAAACCCCUGGAAGAACUACAUAGCAACGGAAAGGGCAACUGCAUCACCAAUCACACAGCAGUGGAAAUUACCAAAGACACUGGUGGGAUGUACAAGACCACUGAGGGCAACGGGCGACCAGGAGGAGGCCUGGUCGUUGGAGUCACGGUCGAUGGGGACAGCCCAGAGCAGUACCCCAUAGACCAGUGUGACUACAUGUCCUUUAUUCACAACCCCAGCCUGACGGUCACAGUGCCCAUUGCGGUGGGCGAGUCAGACUUUGAGAACCUUAACACGGAGGAUAUAAGCAGCGAUUCAUCCGAUGUGGAGGGCAGCAAAGAGAAGCUCGAUGUAGAGCCCAAACAUCCCAGUUCUUCAGAAGGGAGCACUGUGGAUAUUUGCCCCCCAGGAGAUGGAGUUGAUUCCGUGGAAUUGGAGCCAGAGGAGUCCCUGGACCCAGAGGCCUGCUUCACUGAGGGAUGCGUCCGUAGAUUCCAGUGCUGCCAGGUCAACGAGGAAGGGGACAGGUUUAAGAGCUGGUGGACCCUCAGGAAGACCUGUUUUAUAAUUGUGGAGCACAACUGGUUUGAGUCUUUUAUCAUAUUCAUGAUCCUUCUCAGCAGCGGUGCACUGGCAUUUGAAGACAUUUACAUUGAACAGAGGAGGACUAUCAAAACGGUGCUGGAGUAUGCAGACAAAGUCUUCACCUAUAUCUUCAUCCUGGAGAUGCUGUUGAAGUGGGUGGCCUACGGCUUUGUCAAGUACUUCACCAAUGCUUGGUGCUGGCUUGACUUCCUCAUUGUGGAUGUGUCCCUUGUCAGCCUUGUGGCCAAUGCUCUGGGCUAUUCUGAGCUCAGUGCCAUCAAAUCUCUCAGGACACUGCGAGCCCUCCGGCCACUGAGAGCCCUGUCUCGAUUUGAGGGCAUGAGGGUUGUGGUGAACGCACUACUGGGGGCCAUCCCCUCCAUCAUGAAUGUCCUGCUGGUCUGCCUCAUCUUCUGGCUCAUCUUCAGCAUCAUGGGGGUCAACCUGUUUGCAGGGAAGUACUACUAUUGCGUCAACACCACCACUGAUGAGGUCUUCCCAAUCGAAGUGGUCAACAACAAGUCUGACUGCCUAAAUUUGGUCAACGACAGCGCCCGUUGGAAGAAUGUCAAAAUUAACUUUGACAACGUGGGUGCUGGCUAUCUGGCGCUGUUGCAAGUGGCAACAUUUAAGGGCUGGAUGGACAUUAUGUAUGCAGCUGUGGACUCUCGUGAUCUGGAGCAUCAGCCCAAAUAUGAAGUCAACUUGUACAUGUACUUGUACUUUGUCAUCUUUAUCAUCUUUGGUUCCUUUUUUACCCUCAACCUGUUCAUCGGCGUGAUCAUUGACAACUUCAACCAGCAGAAGAAAAAGUUUGGAGGGCAGGAUAUCUUCAUGACGGAGGAGCAGAAGAAAUACUACAAUGCUAUGAAGAAGCUUGGCUCAAAGAAACCACAAAAACCAAUUCCUCGGCCGACGAAUGCUUUCCAAGGCUGCGUAUUCGACUUCAUAACAAAACAGGCCUUUGAUAUCGUCAUCAUGAUCCUCAUCUGCCUUAACAUGGUGACCAUGAUGGUGGAGACGGAUGACCAGACCCGAGAUAUGGACAACAUCCUGUACUGGAUCAACCUGGUCUUCAUUGUGCUCUUCACGGGGGAGUGUGUUCUGAAGAUGAUCUCCCUGCGUCACUACUACUUCACCAUAGGCUGGAAUAUAUUUGAUUUUGUGGUGGUGAUCCUGUCAAUUGUCGGUAUGUUUUUGUCAGAAGUCAUCGAGAAAUACUUUGUGUCCCCAACCCUAUUUCGAGUGAUCCGUCUGGCCCGAAUUGGACGUAUUCUCCGCCUUAUUAAGGGUGCCAAGGGCAUUCGGACGCUUCUCUUUGCUUUGAUGAUGUCGCUUCCUGCCCUGUUCAACAUUGGACUCCUCCUCUUCUUGGUCAUGUUCAUCUACGCCAUCUUUGGCAUGUCUAACUUUGCCUACGUGAAGCGGGAGUCUGGAAUCGACGACAUGUUCAAUUUUGAGACCUUUGGAAACAGUAUGAUCUGUUUGUUCCAGAUCACUACCUCAGCUGGGUGGGAUGGUCUGCUGGCACCCAUCCUCAACAAGCGGGAGCCCGACUGCAAUAGCCAGAUGGAGCACCCGGGGAACACCUACAAAGGCAACUGCGGCAACCCAUCGGUGGGCAUCUUCUUCUUUGUCAGCUACAUCAUCAUCUGCUUUCUCAUCGUGGUCAACAUGUACAUCGCCGUCAUACUGGAGAAUUUCAGCGUGGCCACAGAAGAGAGCGCGGAGCCUCUGAGCGAGGACGACUUUGAGAUGUUUUACGAAGUGUGGGAGCGCUUCGACCCGGGCGCCACGCAGUUCAUGGAGUACAGCAAGCUCUCGGACUUUGCCGAUGCGCUGGAUCCACCCCUGCGUAUGCCCAAGCCCAACAUGAUUCAGCUCAUUUCCAUGGACUUGCCGAUGGUCAGCGGCGAGCGGAUCCACUGCCUCGACAUCCUCUUUGCCUUCACCAAACGAGUACUCGGUGAAGGUGGUGAGAUGGACGUGUUGCGCGGGCAGAUGGAGGAGCGUUUCAUGGCCUCCAACCCCUCAAAGGUGUCAUAUGAGCCCAUCACCACCACUCUCCGCCGCAAGCAGGAGGACAUGUCCGCCAUUAUUAUCCAGAGAGCCUUCCGCCGCUACAUGAUUUGCAUGACCAUGAAGAAGGCUUCGGCCCUCUACAAGGAGCAGUUAAAAGUGGGCUUACGAGACCCCGAUAAGGACGUUAUGGUCAUCAGCAAAUACAAUGAAAACUCUACGUCGGACAAAACAGACAUGACCCCCUCGACUGCCUCCCCGCCCUCGUACAACAGUGUAACCAAAUCCGACAAGGACAAGUACGAGAAAGAGAACAAAGUCAAAGACUUCAAAGAUAAAUAGAUUUUUUUUUUCAAAAUGUUUACAGCUUCUCAUGGAGGUAGGUAGUCAUGGUCUUGGUGUGCUCGUGGUUCCGAGUUGGUCCAAUUCCUCCAGUCGAGGAGAGGAAGUCCAGGUAUGUGUGAUUUCAGAGGACAUCUCUGAAGGGACCAAAUCAUUCAGAAGAAAAAAAAACGCUUGUGAUUUUCCAUUCGGUUGCUUGGUUGUUUUUACUGACCAACACGCUUCAGUAAGUUGUCUAUAGCCAGUGCUGCCGCUGCUACAGUGGAACCUGUUUAACCCCUUGAAAUCACAUCGACAUAAGCGGUUGUCGACAUAACCAAAACGGAAACUGGCCAUUGUGUGCAUACUCUUACUAUAACGCAGUAUGUAUACAUUAACGUACUGUUUUAUAUAGAAAUGACCCCUUUUGGUCUCAAAUUUUGCUCUUUUUUUUUUAAUUAACCUAUCAUCCAUAAUCUUAUGUGAAACAUGAACACAUGUCUUAACUUUUCUGAGCGUUCUGAGGAGUAAAAAACAGUAACACGAGGUACCUAACAAUGCAAGUAACAAACAAAAAAGCUCUCAAAAAAUGCCAACAUUUACAUAACCAAGCUACAGCGACAUUGUUAUUGUAGGAACUACCAACAGAAGAACUACUUUUCGGGCGUAGUGACACAGCGCCUCGCUCACGAUGCCUGUUGUGAAAAGUUGAUGCUAUGUUAUAAAUCAUGUUUUGCACGUGUAUUGUACAAGUUUUUUGACAAUGACCUGAAAAGUUGGUCAACUUUGACAUUCCACAUGCUAACAAUUAAACUCCCGGAAAAACUGAAGCAGUGGGACUGAGACUGAGGACUAAAUUCACCAAGUAGCACAAGUCUUGCACUGAAAGAUACAGCCAUCCUAUUAGUCGGCAUCCCAGUGAGAGAGGACAUUGUCAGUGACAAAACAUUUAGCACUCGUGCUACAUAACGCUACGAGAGUGGCAGUCACAGGCUCUGCGUCAAAUCAAUGCAUCCAGCAAGGUAGUUCCGGUAACAGCAAAAUACUCUUAAGUAUUACACGGUAUCACAAAUGUGCCUGUUACUACAUAGUCACAGCAUGUACUGUAUAUAAAAGGCUAAAAUGUUGUUGGCGGUUUUAAGAUGUUUUAAUGGUGAGUUUUAAAGGUGAAAUAGGUGAAUCCCAUUACCUGCAUUGUUAGCUACCUCGAGCAAUUUUUUUAGAAUGCACAGAAGACAUGUUCAUAUCUCAUAUAAGGAUUUUGGAUAAUGGGCAAUAUUUUUAAAAAAAUUAUUGAAGCUGGGCUUUUUAGUUAUAAGAACAAAGUGGGCCAGAACUUGGUUGGUCGACAUAGACUGGUUUAAACCUCUUCCACUGAACUAUCAAUCCAGUGUCUUGAAUUUCAGAAUGGGUAUAAUGCACAGCUUGGUUUGCAUUUUCUGUUUGAGGGAAAUGGUGGCACUUAUUAGCAAGAAUGUAGAGCCUUUUCAUUUACUCUUUGUCUCAUUCAGAAUGUUGGCAACUUUCUGAUGAAGUCAGUGCUGGAAAUUGUAGGCCUCAGAGUACACUUCUUCCGGUGUACAGGAUCAAAUUACUACUGAAGUGGUAGUAGACAUAGUAGUUCCUGAGGUGUCGUUUGACCCUCCAGAGGAUGAGUUUGACCUUGAGCCAUAUUUGCUCGGAUUCAAAAUUGCAGCCGUGGUACACCACAAGCCAACUGAUGCGGCGUAGCGGCCAACUUCCAUGUUGCUCUGAAUGUUUUCUUCCCUCAGACGUGUCUUGACAGUCAGGACGCUAGAUGUCAAAGUUGACAGUCCGUUGCCUUGACUUUGACAAAUACCCCCAUCAUUCUCAAGUACAAUUGCCUUUUGCGUUCAUUUGUACAAUGCGUUGAAAAAUGCAUGUAUUGAAUGUGCAUUACAGAGCCACAGUACAGUAAGGACUGUACUGUACAGAAGUACUAAAACAUGUACAUUUUUGAAACACAGACAACUGCUGCACUGAGGUGCUGGGAUCCAUCCUUGGCUCCGACCUCUCUAUGUGGGGUUCUUCUAAUGCUCAUACUGUAUGGCUUUACUCCUGGUACACCGGUGUCCUCAUACUCCCACAACCCAAAAAAGAAGCAAUUUAGGCUAAUUGGAGACUCUAAAUUGUCCAUAGGUGUGAAUGUGAAUGUCAAUGUUUGUAUAUACGUGUUUGUAUAUACUGUAUGUGUCCUGUGAUUGGUUGGUGACCAGUCCAGGUUGUACCCCGCCUCUCACCCAAAGCCAGCUGGGAUAGACUCCAGCCCAUGUAUGACCCUGAACAAUAUAGAAAACCAACAGCAUCAUUUGUUUACCACAUUUCCGAAAAAAGUGGGGCGUUUAUAUAAACGAGAAAAAGUAGUCGUAAAAGUAGUACUAUUGCUCUGUCUCAAUUUGCACACUUCUUACUUACACUUACUUUUGACUGAGUACGUUUUUUCAUCGUUGCACUCAGAAUUUCAAAAAAAGCUACCGAUCCAAAUGUUGGAGGUUAGGUUUUUGUGAAGUGGUUGCAUUCAGGUACAAUUCGUUCAAAAAUUGUGAUCAUCUUUUCUGGUACCUGCACAAUAACAGUAAUAGAUUUGAGACAGUCCAAAUUGGCGCCCUCAAGAAGUGAGCACACGGUGUGCACCAUAUACUUAAGGAAGUGUGGCGACGGAGGUAUUGCAUUUGAGACAGCCAGAGUCCAAUACAACAACAAAAACCACUAGCAAGCAGCAAUAAUGGAGGAACAUAAAUCCGCAGUAUGAUCCAUCUAAAAGCAUGGCGAGAAAAGAAAGGGAAGAAAAAAUGCAACACAGCAGCCAGGUAGACACCGAAAAAAAUGAAGAGAGGUAGAAAAAUAUUAGUGGGAUCAUUAUUUGAGGAAAUAUUUUACUUCAAAUGGGCAAAACUUUUACAGGUUAUUUAUGGUAAAAUGGUACUUCAAAUGUGCAAAUAAUUAUAGGGCUCAUUGUUAAUCAUAGGUGGUCAUUAUUUGAGGAAAUAUGGUUCUUCAGAUUGGCGAAGUAUAGGGGGUCAUUAUUUGAGGAAGUACAGCACUUCGAAUAGGCAAUUCAACCUUUUUAGGAAAUACGGCACACUACACAAGCAAACAAAUGUGCUAAAAUAUGGUACUUAUAAAUAUGGUAACCCAGCUAAUAAUCAUGGGGUUAUUAUGAAAGGUUGCAGGCCGCCAUUUGACAACAAACAAAUGAUCAAAGGGGUGGUUGUUUUAUGAAAUUGUACAUUUAUUAUAUUUACAUUAUACUGGUAAAUAAUUAAAGGGGGCAUUAUUUGAGGAAAUAUGUUUAUGGAGUCAUUAUAUGAGGAAAUGAUAUUUCAUAUGGGAAAAUAUUUUAAGCGGCGUUAUUUGAAGAAAUACAGCAAUGCAAAUCUUUUAAGGGUCAUUAUUGGUGGAAAUAUGGCACUUCAAAACGGGAGCUGUGGGGGGGUUGUUAUUUGAGGAAAUGCGCCACUUGAAACCGGCAACUAUUAUGGGGGUCAUUAUUUGAGGAAAUACAGCACUUUAAAUGGGUAAAUAAUUACAGGGUUAAUUAUUCGAGGAAAUAUGGACUUUUAUAAGGGGCAUUAUUUGAGGAAAAUACAUGAUUCCAAGUGCAACAAUAGGGGUCAUUAUUUGAGUAAAAACAGCACUUCAAAUGGUCAUAUAAUUAGAAGACGAAAAACUCAAAUACAGCAAUAGGUCAGACUUUGAAGGCAAUUAUUUUUACAAUAAAAAAAAUACACACUGAACCCACUCCAACAAGUACAACUACUUUCAUCUCAUGGCUCCAACUAGUAAACACAUAAACUUGACCUUGUGAGUUGAUUCUUGGCUCUGCAAGGAAGUUAAUUUUGAUGCAAAACACACCCCCCCCACACACACAGACACUGAAAUACACAACAUUUGCUGAAGAAGUGCUUUGUUGUAGUGCUUUGUAAAUAAUCAUACAACUAUUUUGGUCACACUUUCAUUUCAUGUAAGGGCACAGUUUCAUUGGGGCGGUCAUGUGUUUGUGUGUGUGUGUGUGUGUGUGUGUGUAUGUGAGAAAGAGUUGGAUGUAUACAUUUUUACUGUAGUAGAGUGAUCCACCAGUCUUCAGGUUUUGUUUUUGUUUUCUGCAUAUAAUAAAAGUCAAUAAUGACCUGUAGAUACAAACUAUUUCAAGCCUCAUCGCCGUCACUAAUUGCUUGUGUGAUGUUUUUGGUGAACCGCAUGCAGGACGUGACUCCGCACACACAUGCUCUUAUUGUUUCAACAACCAAAUGAAUAAAAUUACAUAUUUUUCCUAAGUCUUCUUGUUUUUCCCCGCCAAAAUAAUAAUUGUGCUGCAUUUUGUUGCAUCGAAGAUGUGACAACAACAAAAGGAAAUACAAAUAAAAUGGAAAUAAUUUACAAAUGAAAUAAUUUGUGCAUUCAAGACAUAUUCACUUAUAUA